AUGGCGAUGGAGCAGUUCGUCCUGUUCAUCUUCAUGUGUUGUCUGUCCUCCCGCUUCGCUGAUGCGUAUGAUCCGGUGGAUCCAAACGGGAACAUCACCAUCAACUGGGAUUUUCCGUCCAUCGAGCCCAAUGUGUACGCGGUCAAGGUGAGCAUCCACAAUUACCAGCUGUACCGCCACAUCGAGCGCCCGGGGUGGCGGCUGAGCUGGGUGUGGGCCGGCCACGAGUUCAUCUCGACCGUGAUCGGCGCGGAGACGACGGAGCAGGGCAACUGCACCGGCCGCCACGGCGCCAACGGCGCCCCUCCGCAUUGCUGCGAGAAGCAACCGGUCAUGAUGGACCUGCUGCCGGGCGCGCCGUACAACAGGCAGUCCGCCAACUGCUGCCGCGGCGGCGUGCUGUCGUCCGUCACGCAGAACAACAGGACGGCCACCUCGCAGUUCGAGAUGUAUAUCACCAAUUUCGCCCUCGACGAGCACGGCGACCCCAAGAUGCCGACCACCUUCAGCAUCGGCGUGCCGGGCUACACCUGCAGCAACGCCACCAACGUGCCGGCGACGAGGUCCAAGGUCGACGAGCAGCGGCACGUACAAGUUCUGCGGACAUGGCAGAUCAUCUGCUCGUACUCGCAGUUCAGGGACGCACCGUCGCCGUCCUGCUGCGUCUCCCUCACGACCUUCUACAACAGCACGAUCGUAGGGUGCCCGCGGGACAGCUGUGGCGGUGCAAACUCUCCCUCGGCGCAUCAGUGCCUCAGCGGCGGCGAGCAGUCCAAGGUCCUGGCGGCGCUGCCUGACGCCGACGGCGCUCCGCCCGUGCCAGUCAUCCGGUGCACGGAGCACAUGUGCCCGAUCCGGGUGCACUGGCACGUGAAGCAGAGCUACCGGGGGUACUGGAGGGUGAAGGUGGCGGUGACGAACUACGACGUCGUCAGCAACUACACCGACUGGAACCUGGUGGUGCAGCACCCCAACCUCCGGAGCCUGACGCAACUUUUCAGCUUCAACUACCAGCCCCUCAUCCAGUACGGCACGAUCAAUGACACGGGGAUGUUCUGGGGAAUCAAGAACUACAACGAGAUGCUGCUGGGUGACGGGAACGUGCAGACCGAGAUGAUACUGGAGAAAGACCCGAGCGACUUCACCUUCUCGGGGGGCUGGGCGUUCCCGAGGAGGGUCUACUUCAAUGGACACGAGUGCGUCAUGCCGCCGCCGGAUCAGUACCCUUCGCUGCCCAAUGCGGCCUGGGACGUGCGUGUCUCGGCGGUGCAGCGGUGGCUGGUCGCCGGCUCUUGUCUGCUCUCGUUGUCUAUGUUGUUUCUCGUGUAA